UAACAGGAUAUUUAACCUCCUGGCGCGGUUUGGGGAGAAAGAAAAUUGACUUGAGAAAUUCAGGCGCAAAGUUAUUGUAUAUCAUUUUCCAAUCUCGGAAGCUGCUAAAAGUUUUCUUUACAGUUUACCUUUCUCACCGGGUCUAGGCAAGACAAUGUCCAUCAGAAAGAUGAAACCUGCGGAUAAAUCCUCCGAGAACACCAUGAGGUUUUUUGGUGGGCCCGUUGAAGGCAUGGGACCAGCUAGGAAAACACUGCAAGUUCUCCAACCCUCUGCUGUCAAUAAGAACCUUGGCAGAAUUGUACCGGCAGGAAAGGUUUUUCCUAAAAGGAAACAGUGGGACGCACAGCAAGUGAAAGGAACAAAGCGCACAAAGGCGGAAGUUGCUGUUAAAAGUACGAACGGACUGAGUGACAAUCUGCCUGACGGCGUUACCAAAGAGGCCUAUGAGCUCAUGAUCAAAGAAACCCCACCUUCCUCCUACUGGAAAGAGGUUGCCGAAGAGAGGCGUAAAGCACUGUACAAUGUCCUCCAGGAGAAUGAAAAGUUGCAUAAAGACAUUGAGGCCAAGGAUGAGCAGAUAGCCCUGCUGAAGACUGAGAAUGAUGAGCUUCAGGAAUUGGCCCAGCACGUACAACACAUGGCUGACAUGAUAGAGAGGUUAACUGGGAAGAGUCCAGAAAGUCUAGAGGACAUGAGACAGUUUGCCCUUGGUGAUGAAGAUGAGGAUGAUGAGGUAGAGGAGCUUGGAGAAUCUGACUUCGGUACCAGCGGUGAUUUGACACCUGGGGCUGAUGUCUUCCAGGAUGAUGUCACUGAGGAAUGUCUGGAAGAUGCGAGGGAGGUUGACUGAGUGACUGUACUUUUCAAUGCUCUGGUGUAAUGAGUUUGGGUACUUUGCUGCUAACCUUUAGCCUGUAUUUUGUUUUUCUCUUCUCAACAUCAAGAGACUUUGAUUUUUUUUACUUCAUUAUAGACCAUGACCAUUUACUGGGGAGCUUUGUAAAAAGCGAUCCUAAUGUUUUUUGAAACUUUGCAAAUGCUUUUUAAUAUAAUUUAGUUUACAGCUGUUAAUAGUGCAGUUUUAAUGCACUCUGUACAUAUGCUUCAAGACUUUUCUGUGCAAUAAACUUUUAAUACAUUUGAA